AUGCUGGAGGAUUUGAUAUCUGUGCAAGACAAGAACGUAUUGAGACCUCAAGAAGGAGAGACUGAGCAGAAAGAGAAGAAGCCAGUACAAGCGCGAUAUGGCAAGAUAUUCAAGGAGAUGGAUCUUGAAGCGAGCAAGAGAGAGAAGGAGGUGGUGGAAAUGAGACCGGAGGUAGAGAAGAUGAAGGAGUGCCGCAAUGGAGAUGAGAGAGUGGCGUAG